AUGUCGGUCGCCGCAUCAGACGUCGCCUGCCCGAGCACCCCGAAGCUGCGGGAGAUGUUCUACACUGCUGCCACGGAGCACGGACAGGAACGCGACGACUUGCCUCUCUGGGCUCUGCGCCCGGAGAUCACCCCGAACGUGGCCUUUCCGCUGCGAGCAAGCAUGAGCCAGACCAAUGUGCGCCGGCAAGAUGUACAGGGCUUGCCGGGCGGCUUUCAAAUUCUGGACCUCAUGUCCGAGGAGGAGUGUGAGGCCUUUCAGGCAGUGUUGGACGAGCUUGGUUUCCACACGGAUGCUGCUGUGUCACUGCCUUACUCAUUCCGCCACAUGACCAACUGCAACCUGUGCGUGCCUGAGUUUGUGGACGAGCUGCUGUACAAGCGCUGCGAGCAUCUUUUGCCGACGAUUGCGGGCUACAAGCCAGUAGGCCUGAAUGCCAAGUUUCGGUGCUACAGAUAUCAGCCCGGCGACUACUUCAAGCCUCAUACGGAUGGAGCGUGGCCGGGCUCCAGGGUCACCGACAAAGGCUUUCAGGGCGAUGCCUAUGGAGAUCGAUUCAGCCAGCUUACCUUUCUGAUUCUUUUGACGGACGACUACGAAGGAGGGGCCACCCGCUUCCUUCUGGAGAAGACUCUUCCGUGGCGGUGCGAACGCCUCGUGGAGGCGUUCUCGUCUUCCCGCAUGGAUACCACCCAGACAGCCCGCUGCACGAGGGGGCGCCGAUCCAUGCUGGCGUGA